AUGUCCACCCGGUACCACCAGGCAGCUGCUGACGGCAAUCUGGAAUUACUGAAGGAAGCAACUAGAAAAGAUCUUAACUCUUUGGAUGUGGAUGGGAUGACGCCUACCCUGCUGGUGGCUUACCACGGCAACCUAGAAGCCCUAGAAAUCAUUUGCCGAAGAGGAGGUGAUCCAGACAAGUGCGACAUUUGGGGGAACACUCCUCUACACCUUGCGGCCUCCAAUGGCAAUGUCCGUUGCGUUUCCUUCUUAAUCAAUUUUGGCGCCAAUAUCUUCGCCCUAGAUAAUGACAUGCGUUCUCCUCUCGAUGUGGCUGCCAGCAGGAACCAAUAUGAAUGCGUCAGAAUUCUUGACAAUGCUGCUACUGAGAAGAACAUAAAGAAUUCCAGAAAAGUAUCCAGACUGAAGGCCCAGGCCCAUCAUGAUGCAAAGAAGCAAAUCCGUGAAUGUGAAAGGCGUCAAGAGAAACACGAACAUGAAAUGGCCCAAAGUUUCAAAGGAGGAUCUGAGCAUUCCACUAGGGGGACAGACAGGAGGGCAAAAGUGUCUAAUUUCUUUACAACCAGCUCACUAAACGCGCUGCCCAAACAUUUGAAAGACACCUUCAAGCUAAGAACAAAAAAGAAAGAGGAGAAUUCUUAUGAUCAAGAAGUAGGGAGCAGUGGCCAAGAAGAGGACAACCUAGUCAGCCGAACUGCUGUGAUGGAUGUAUUCAAUGAAAAUGACGAGGAAGAACUAAUGAAUAACUUUAAAAGAGGAACCAAUGUUUCUGAAGACGAAGAUGAGCUGGGCCAAAAGUCCAUUUUCAAUCGCCCUGGUCUUGGCAACAUUGUAUUUAGAAGCAAAUUGCCCACAAGCAAAAAUGCUGAGGCAGCGUUUCCCCAGAAAGAAGACACCAGCUUCAAAAUACCCAAAGAAUUGUUUCAGUUCAAAGAGCCUGAGACUGUUGAGGAUGCAGAGGCAGAGAACGAUAUUGAAGAAUCCUGGAUUGAAGAGGAAAUAGGAUGGGAUGAUGGAAAAGUGGAGGCCACCCCGCUUGAAGUAUUCUUAGCGUCCCAGAACCUGAACGAAUUCCUUCCCAUCUUGAUGAGUGAAAACAUUGAUUUAGAGGCUCUAACGCUUUGUUCGGAUGAAGAUCUACGGAGCGUACAGAUACAGUUGGGUCCAAGGAAGAAAAUCCUGCAUGCAAUUGGCAGAAGAAAGCAGGCUUUGGCAAGCCCUGGGAAGGCUGAAGAUACAGAACUAUAA